GCCAUUAAAAAUGGUGUUAAUUUGGAUUUGUUUUUUGUUUGUUUUCUUGCAUUAGACUUGAUGACAACAAAAGAGAAGAGUCAAGAAUUCAGUAAAAAGGAAGUUAAUGCUCACCAUGAGAAAUAUGGCUUCAUGACUGGAGAAAAAUCAUUUAGUUUCUCAAAUACUGAAAAGACACAAAAAAGAGCUCAAAAUACAGCAAAUAGAAGUUAUUUCACCUGCCAACAGUGUGGAAAAAGUUUCAGCAGAAAAGGAAACCUUAAAGUCCACAUGAAAGUUCACAAUGUGGAAAUGCCUUACACCGGCAAACUGUGUAGAAAGAGUUUCAUUCGAAAAGCAAACCUUAAAUACCAUGUGAGAGUUCACACUGGAGAGAAACCUUUUGUCUGCCAACAGUGUGGAAUGAGUUUUACUGAAAAAGGAAACCUUGAUCUUCACAUGAGAAUUCACUCUGGAGAGAAGCCUCACACCUGCAAACUGUGUGGAAAGAGCUUCGUUCGAAAAUCAAAUCUUAAAAACCACGUCAGAAUUCACACUGGAGAGAAACCUUACACAUGUUCUCAAUGUGGAAAAAGUUUUACACAUAAACAACACCUUGAUGGCCACAUGAGAGUUCACACUGGAGAGAAACCUUACACCUGCCAACAGUGUGGACAGAGUUUCACUCAAAAAGGAAACCUUAAUGACCACAUGAGAAUUCACACUGGAGAGAAGCCUUACUCCUGCAAACUGUGUGAAAAGAGCUUCAUUCGAAAAUCAAACCUUAAAAACCACUUGAGAAUUCAUACUGGAGAGAAGCCUUACAUAUGUUCUCAAUGUGGAAAAAGUUUUACACAUAAACAAAACCACGAUGGCCACAUGAAAAUUCAUACUGGAGAGAAACCUUUCACCUGCCAGUGUGGAAAGAGCUUCACUAAAAAAGGAAACCUUAAGAAACACAUGAAGAUUCACACUGAAAAGAAGCCGUUUACAUGUGAUCAGAGUUUGGAUGUUAAGUAGAACCAGUGUGAUUGCUACUAACAGCAAUAUCCUUGCCUGUGAAUCCCUUUUUUGUGCAAAGCAAUGAUGACUGUGUGUGUUUCCUUGCAGGUAAUAACCAUGGUUAACAGAGGAAGAACAAUGAUUUCAAGCACCACCUUCCUUUUAAAGCUUCCAGUUUGUUAUUCUAACUCAAUCAGCAUUACAUUAGUUGCGUCCCAAAGUGAAGCCACAUUUGAAGUGCGAUUGGGUCACAGCGUCACUAUGAGGGCAAAUUAAGUGUACAAUAGAUGCACUCUUAGUUAUAUUCAUUUGGCAGAAGUUUUUAUCCAAAGUGACUUGAAAGGCACCUAUUAUGCAAAAUCCACUUUUACAUGGUGUUUGGACAUAAAUGUGUGUUGGCAGUGUGUGAACACAACCACCCUACAAUAAUAAAAAUCCACCCACUCCUCAUUUUUUAAUCCCCUUUAAACCAAUUCAGUCUCACUAGGCCUGCUGUUUUGAUUCUCUCGCAGUGUGACAUCACAUUUCGGAGGGCCGGGCCACGGGGUUGAUUGACAGCCCUGCGUUGCUAUAGUUUCCUCCCUCAGCAGUUACCCUGUUCUUCAUUUUCUCCGUGCUCGAGCAGCUGUAACGUCAACAAUGUCUCGCAAGCAAUCCCGGUGCUCUGUGUUUGUGUGCAAGAAUGAACAUAAGAGUCUUCAUUUUCUCCCAACAUCUGAGCUGCUGAGGACGCAGUGGGUUACUUUAAUUUUUCAAGAUAAUGCGCCUCAAAAUCUACCUAAAUACGUGUAUCACUCCAGACUCCUUUGUGAAUGUCAUGUCGUUAUAGUGCUUAGCGUUUUAACCGUAUUUGUGUGCGUACAUUAAGUAUUUUUAACUGAUCAGCGCUGUGCAUGUGAGAUUAGUUCGCACUGUUCGGUAGCGCAUCCGCGCCGAUGACAGGUCAGCACGGCGCAAGCUCUGUAACGUUGCGCUGUUUUGUCCCACUUUCAGUACAUUUGACUUCCCAUAUGUACGGCUUAACACCAGUU